GUGAAGUCUUAUUACACAGUUCUCCUCUACACAGCAGAGAGGCAUGCAGGACUCGCGCUGCUCUUACUGGGAUUUGGAUGUUAGAGGAUUCUGUUGCAGGAUAGAGGGGAGCUUGCUGGCAUCCCUGGUCAAACCCCAUUCUGUGGGAGGCAAAAUCCUGGUGCAGCUGGAUAUAUAAGAUGUAGGAUGCUUCCCAUAUCAAGAAUCAAGCGGCAGCCUUUUCUCUGGCCGGUGAACGCUGAACCAGCUCCCUGGAUGUGCAUGGUCCCGGAUACACCUGGCGUCUUCCGGAUAGGUGCCGUGCCCCCUCCGUUUAUUGUGUCCUGUCCCCACCCGUCACCUUUGCUGCAGGGGGUACCUGCCUGGCAAGUCCCUUGUGACCCCUUCCUACCUUUGAUGUCUGUGCCCACUGCACCAGAGCCGGCUGUGCACCAAUUCCCUUUGGCAAAUGGGCAGUGGGUUAGUGGUCAUCCUUCUGCAUUUGGAUUUUCUCCAUCUUCCAGUAUAGAGAUUAUCCCUCUAUUUCCACACGUUUACACAUCCUCCAUUCCUCCACAUGCAGGAAAAUGUUGGCUGGAAAAGAAAGUACCUAAUUGCAAAAUUCUAUUCAACAACUCAUUUGCUGUGGACACUGCCUGGAUACACCCGGCUGAGGAGCUGACAUUAUUUCAGGGACUAGAGAAGCCAAGUCUCAGGGCAAGCCAAGUCACCAUGGCUAUAUCCAGGCCGACUACUGCCUCCAGGCCACUUCACACCGUCAUUUUAACGCCUCAGCGAGUAACAGGCAACUGUCGCAAUGGAAUGAAGCCAGCCAGCAGCAGCAAUCAGUCCAUUGCAAUUGCGGGUAAUGUAAGUGCACCACCUGCGGCAUUAAUAGGAUUGGAUGCAGAAUCAUUACCAAGCCUUUCCACACACAGAGCUCCUCUAUAUCAUAUGCUGACCUUCUCUCCAAUCAAGAUACCGUUCCUAACUUCUCAACUGCCUAGGUGCAGUUCACGAAUUGAAGCUCGUGUCAAACCACUGCUUCCAACUCAAAUGUCCAGAAUAACCACGUCGCCAGCAGUUACGUUUGUUACUAGUUUGGCAGAUCAUACAUCAAAUGAAAAAAACAAAGAAGUAAACAGAGCGCCAUGUUCAACCACCUUCAUUUUACAUUCAGAGAGCAAAAAUAAAACUGCCAAUGCAGAUGAAAAGGACGGUGGUAUGAAGGUAGCAAGUGACAAGGAUUAUAUCACUAAAGGCAACAAACCAGUGGCAUCGACGCCAGUUCCAGGAUCACCAUGGUGCGUCGUAUGGACCAGAGAUGACAAAGUCUUUUUCUUCAAUCCAACCAUCCAGUUGUCAGUGUGGGACAAGCCAAUCGAUUUGAAGAAUCGUGUGGAUAUAAAUCGAAUUAUCGAGGACCCGCCCCAUAAACGCAAAUUGGAAUCUCCUCCAGCUACUAAAAAAGAUGGACUUAUCCCAGAAGAUCUCAAUGACGAACAUAGCUCCAAGAUUAAGAGAAAUAAGACUGAAGAUUCUAACACGACUGAACAAGUCAGCAUUGAGGAGAGAAGUAAGCAGCCUCCAUCACCUAAAGCAGUCCAGUCUUUAGAUGAAAGGAUGACAUGCUUCAGGAACAUGCUUCUAGAAAGAGGGGUGUCUGCAUUCUCCACAUGGGAAAAAGAGCUGCAUAAAAUCGUGUUUGAUCCUCGGUAUCUCUUACUAAACUCUGAGGAACGGAAACAGGUCUUUGAGCAGUUUGUAAAGACUCGAAUCAAGGAAGAAUCUAAAGAGAAAAGGAGUAAAUUAAUGCUUGCCAAAGAAGAAUUUAAAAAGCUUCUUGAAGAAUCCAAGCUGUCUCCAAGAACCACCUUUACGGAAUUUGCGGAGAAAUAUGGGAGAGACCAGCGCUUCCGUGUGGUUCCGAAAAAAAAAGACCAGGAGCAUGUUUUCAACCAGUUUAUAAAUUCCCUAAAAAAGAGGGACAAAGAAAAUAGACUGCGACUAAGAAAAAUGAGAUAGAAUGGCCGCUAUACAACACUGUACAUUGCAGACAAAAGGAAGUAUUUUCUUUAUCAUUUAUCAGAUGGGGAAAAUGUCAAACGGACAGUGCAUUUCUGCUGACCUAACCUGCCUAGUUUAUAAAGGGUAGCUCUGAAAAUAAACAGAAAUGAAAUUCUUUAAGAAAUAAUGUUUCAUAUUGAAGCUAUUUUUAUACCAUCAUGGUCAGUGUCUCUCUAUUUGCCAUUAUGAUGUAAGUUUAGUAUUUAUUUGCUUUAAUUAUGCAAAUUACUCUUAUGAUGCACAAUGUAUAAAGUCA